GGCUAGGGACUCAGUCGUUUAUGAUCAUGGCCCAAUCCGCUUGUCGCAGGAAAGGAAAAUACCGCCAGCCAAAGCGAGUGCAAGUCCAUGAUGAAGAAGGCUGGACUCAUAUCACGACUACCCAACGAACGACAUCAAACAAGCUCUGCCUACCUCCCAUCAAAGACCUAUUAGUUCCAGCCGAACCCCCUGAUGGUUUGACUUUCAAGAAACUGAAGAAGCAGUUUCAAUGGCACAAAAGAUGUUGGGAGGGGUCACAGAGCUGGCAGGCUAUCAAGGCGGCCUUAGACAAUGGUCUUUUAGCCGGCGCUGCUAGCAGAAUCGACAACUGCGUCUGCGUUGGUUUGGGGAGCCCCAGUGGAUUCCUAAGAGGCGGGUGGGUUGACCGCAGGGCUGUAUCCCUAUACCAACUUGCGGCAUUAGUGACAAUGCUAGAAUAUUUUGCCAACGAAAAUAUUCUAUUGACUUCCGUCAAAGACUGCUCUGCCCAGGAUCCCGUUUUCAACACACUGGAUAAACAGCUGCUCGAAUCUACUGGCAUCCGCGUCGUCGAGCACCCCGCGGCCUUUACUCUAAUAAACGAUCGCACAUUCCUAUACUCACCCGGUGCGGAAAGAGUUCACCUUCUAGAUAUGCUGGCGUCGAACCCUACCCUUUUUUUUGGUGGCCCGCUGGACGAUGGGACCUUAGUUGGACUGCCCGAUGACAAUAAAGGAGUCCUGUCAGGAUUCCUGGGUACGAGACGGUCAAUGUCACUUCCGCCCUUCGACCCGAAUAUAAACGCUUUUUGGAAAUCAAGCUUGUUUUGGAGACCCGGGGACACCUGAUGCGUUAUUUU